AUGGGAGCGAAUUUGGCUCACGAAGUCGCUAACGAUGAUUUUUGUGAAGCCACUAUUGGUUGUAAGAAGAAGGCAGAACAUGGUGAUAUCCUGAAAAAGCUUUUCAACCGUGAUAAUUUCCGUAUAAACGUGGUGGAGGAUGCGCAUACAGUUGAGCUUUGUGGUGCGCUGAAGAAUGUGGUUGCUUGCGCUGCUGGUUUCACCGAUGGUCUUGGUUACGGGGACAAUACGAAGGCGGCCGUCAUUCGGUUGGGACUUCAUGGAAAUCACCAAGGUAAUGCUGCUCUAGAGUUUAUUAUGGAAUUCGUUUUGAGAGUCCCUUCGUUUGUUGAGUACUACUACCCUGGCUCGAAUUUGGAAACCUUCUUUGAAUCAUGUGGCAUCGCUGAUCUGAUCACCACGUGCUAUGGUGGUCGUAACCGAAAGGUGUGCGAAGCGUUCGCAAAGACGGGGAAACCGCUUGCACAGAUCGAAAAAGAGUUGCUACAUGGACAAAGUGCUCAAGGUCCAUUAACUGCUCACGAAGUCUUUUUCAUGACGGAGAAGAGUGGAGUGUCGGAUAAGUGA